CUGACUAGGUAAUCAAACAAGCGUGGUCAAGUAACGGGCAGGGCGUGCCAUAGGGAUUCUGAGGUAAAUGGGACUAAAACAGUUUGGAAAUUCGGUUUGUUAGAGGAGAGGAUGUAUUUAUCAGCACUGUUAUCCCAAAGCGACGGACUGUUCUAACCAGUUUGUUAUGCAGACACCAUCAUAUAAAGGCUCCCUGGUUUAUUAAUCCAUUUUGGAUAUGUCUCAGAUUGGAGGUUUUGCAAAGCUGGUCUCCACAGAGAUGCCAGAUAACACGCUGGAGGCUACAGAGACUGCAUCCAAGAAUGAAGAUGAAUACUGUAUCCCACCAGAUGCUAUAACACACCUGCCAGAAGUCCUGAAUUCAAAAACAGUGCUAACUACAGCCAAAGCCGAGAGCUUGCACCAACCAAACGGGCACUUUCAGUACUGUGGGGUAAGGAUCAUGGAAUUAACAGACAGUGACCGUCCCAUCAGUUAUAGCUCCACAUCAUCAUCAACGUCUUCUCGAGACAGCCAUUGUUCGUUUGGCAGUAGGAUGACCCUCUCUUCUAAUAACCACUUGGGCUUGUUUAACCAGGACAAAGAAGCUGGGGCCAUAAAAUUAGAGCUGACACCUGCCAGACAUUUGGUGGACAAUGAACAUUGGAGAGGCAGCAGCUGUGACCGUCGAAACUCUGUACCAGCUUCAGAAAAACGAUUAAGUACAAUCAAAAGAGUGGAAUGUAAAGGCCCUUGUAAAAACAGUGCCCUUUCCUCAGUAAAGGAACCAGGCAGUCCUAAACUGUCAUAUGUAGACAGAGUGGUGCAGGAAAUCCUUCAGACUGAAAGAACAUAUGUACAGGAUUUAAAAAGCAUUGUACAGGAUUACCUUGAGUGCAUCACUGACCAGUCCAGACUUUUGUUGGGGACAGAAGAACGUUCAGCCUUAUUUGGAAAUAUUCGAGAUAUCUAUCAUUUUAAUAGUGAUCUUUUGCAGGAAUUGGAAAACUGUGAUAAUGACCCUGUGGCAAUAGCUGAAUGUUUUGUUGCCAAGAGUGAAGAAUUCCAUAUAUACACCCAGUACUGCACCAACUAUCCAAGGUCAGUGGCCGUGUUGACAGAAUGUAUGAGGAACAAAGCACUCGUCAAAUUCUUCCGAGAACGUCAAGAAGCCUUAAAACACUCCCUUCCACUGGGAUCCUACCUCCUCAAGCCUGUACAGCGGAUCCUUAAAUAUCAUCUCUUAUUGCAGGAAAUCUCGAAUCACCUGGACAAGGAGACAGAUGGCUAUGAGGUGGUUUUGGAUGCUAUUGAUACAAUGCAGCGUGUCGCAUGGCAUAUAAAUGACAUGAAGCGAAAACAUGAGCAUGCCAUUCGCCUGCAGGAAGUACAAAGUUUGCUUUCCAACUGGAAGGGCCCAGAUCUUACUAGCUAUGGAGAGCUUGUUUUAGAAGGAACAUUCCGCAUUCAACGUGCCAAAACUGAACGCACCUUAUUUCUGUUGGAUAAACUGCUUUUGAUCACAAAGAAGCGAGAAGAGAUGUAUACAUACAAAGCCCAUAUAUUGUGUUGCAAUCUGAUGCUGGUCGAAGUCAUCCCAAAGGAGCCACUCAGCUUCAGUGUCUUCCAUUACAAGAACUGCAAGGUGCAGCACACUGUACAGGCCAAAUCCCAGCAGGAGAAACGUCUUUGGAUUCUACAUCUGAAGAGACUUAUCCUGGAGAACCACCCAGCAAAGAUCCCUGCCAAGGCAAAGCAAGCAAUCUUGGAAAUGGAUGCAGCCAAUCAUCCUGGAUUCCAUUUUAGUCCAGAAGGAGAUAUAAAGACUGUGGCAAAUGCAAAAGGAAGUGGUAGUUCCCCGCGGAGACUGAGAAGAAAGUCAGAACCAUCAGCAAGAUUACAUAAAGCUUUAAAACAAAAUGAGGGAAGUCCAGAUAUGAAAAAGCGGAUUAGCAUAGAGGGCACACUUCUGGCCCAGGCUGCUAAAUUAGGAUCCAGUGAAGGCAUCCUCAGCUCCCAUAGCAACCAGAAUGCAUUGCACCAUAGCAGUUUGGUCAAUCAGUCCCAGGAAUCCCUUGAACCAUCAUAUCAUAGUGAUCUGGAAGAAAGCCUUCAGUUGCAAAACAUGGAACAUACAGACACAGAAGAUGAUGAAGAGGCUUUACAGCUACAGACAAAAGGCUGUCGAAAACGACUAAAUAGCCGUGGUUCACAAAACAUUGAAAAACGAAGAAGCCUUAACCUGAGCACAGGCACAACUCAGAGCUCAGGUGAACCAUCAGCAGAGGAGUCAUCUCAAGUGGGUACAGAUUCUGUCACUUCUCGAUCUUCAGAACAGCAUUCUAAACAUUCUGAAGGUCGUCAUGUUCUUAGAAGAAUUGCUGCUUUAAGAAGUAUAUGGACAGACCACCAGAUCAGACAAGCUUUGUUUCCCAGAAGGCAUUUCCCACGACAGAAUGAAGAUGAGGAUGAUGACUACCAAAUGUUUAUGCCUACAGAGGCUUCAUCGAAUUUUGACUUGAGCAGGCUACGAGAUGAAGAUGGUAGUUCCAGCAGACCGUGCAGUUGGCAUGUUGAAAUGCCUCAGCAGAAUGAUGUCUCUCACAGUAAUCGCAGGCCAGUUAGAAGAGCUAGCAGUGUAAGGGAGGGUCACUGCCAUUCUCGUGUGUUAACUGUGAAGACAAAUGAUGCUUCUCUGCUUGGUGCUCAAAGACUGUCAAGUAGUUCUCCAAGAAUUGAUGGUAGCACCUCAAACUUUUAUAUUGAACCCAGAGAGGAACUGACAAUUGAUGAUAUUGAAAACGUAUAUGAUAAUAUCAGUUAUGAGGAUCUGAAAAUGAUGGGCCUUACUAGACGGCGGAGUGUGGAUGGGUCAUCACAAGAGCUUAGAAAGGACACUGUUCAAAAGGGUGCUGAGAAAACAGAUCAUGGUUCAACAUUAUUGGAAAGAAAAGAUAGUUGGAAAAAUGCCCAUACAUUAGAGCACAGAGGGGAGUCCUACUCUAAACCUUCUACUCCAGUAAACCAUUCAUCACAUUUUGAUUUGAAAGUGGGUGAAGAGAACAUAUAUGAUACAAUAGGUCCUCCAGAAGAAGCCCAAUUGUCUUGGAAGCAUUCCCGCAGCAGUGAAUGCAGUAAAAUAAAUAGUUUUUUGGGAUUUGAAGCUGAUUUUGCCUGUUGUGAUAAUCUAAGUCGUUUCAUUUCUCAAGACAGUCUGCAGCUAAGUGAAGAUGAUGCUUCUGAUCAUCAGGUAUCAAUACAGAAAGGUAACUUGAGUUCAGUUGAUAGUUCUUCUAACUCCGACUCCUUAUCACACCGAUCUGCAGCAGAUAAACUUUCUGAGGAAGUGGAUGAGAUCUGGAAUGAUCUGGAAAAUUAUAUUAAAAAGAACAAAGAAAAGAAAAAAGACUGCCUACCUGUUGCCUUUCCUGUCAGCAGGGAUGAGGUGAAGGAAUUUGUGCAUUCUGGUAGCACUCCUGACCUGUAUAAGGACACCGCUUAUUCAUCAUCUACACUAUCUCUACCAAGUAAUCCAAGGUUCACAAGAACAACAAAUCCCCCUCCUUACCAGAUAAGUAGUAGAAGCCAUAUAUGUGAAGGUUUGGAGUCACUGAGAGAUCCAUCUUUAAGCCUUAGCCAAAGCUCCUUAAUGAGUGAGUCAGCAUUUGUAGAAAGUUCACUUACAUCUGCCAGUAGCAUUUUAUCGACUGUUGAUGCUGAAAACUCUGACCAUGCACUGGAGUUUGCUGAGAAGGCCAAAAGUAAGGUUUUCAUGAUGGCUAGGCAGUACAGUCAGAAAAUUAAGAAGGCCAACCAGCUGCUGAAGAUAAGCAGCCCAACUCCUGAUCAGUUGCCAAGCAGGCAGCAGAAGCAAACACACAAAGACCUUGCAGCAAUUCUAGAAGAAAAUAAACAAGGAGGACAAGCACUUGGUGCAAGAAUUGCAGAAUACUCUCAACUGUAUGACCAGAUUAUGUUCCGAGAGACUUCUCCAAGAAACCAGAAUUCUGGAAAACUGAGUGCAAGUGAAGUGACUGUCAAAUCCUGUCCAUCCCCACAGCUGAACACUUCAUCUCAUUCCCAUUUAGACAGACAGAGUAUGAAUUCUGAAGACUGGCUGUUGCACUCAACGUACAGUAAUGGUGAACUGUCGGAGUUUGUUUCCUGGCCAGAGCUCGAUGAACUAAAGUCUCUGUUUUCGUCCACAGAAAUGAACAUGACCAGCACACAAAAGAAACUUGUACCAGCCUGCUCAGUGCCUUCUCUUAAGAGCUCUGUACAUUCACAGAUCCCAUCACAGAGAUGGAGUGCUAUCAUAAGUCAACCAAAUAAGGAGAAUUUUCAACAAGACCAUAUGUACAAUUCUUUGGGAAGGGCCAUGGUGUCAAAACCUCAGUCUUACAACAGGUCUCAGUCAUCUUCCUCUGUUAUGACCAUUAAGUCAUUGGACUCCACAUUUCUCCAGGGCCAGUCUAGUACCAAACCAUUCAAAUCUAAGAGAACUUUAGUGUACGACAGCCAUGGUGAUACAUCUGCAACUGCCAGUGCCGAUCCUUUACUGAAACAGAGCGAACAGCAAUCGGACAUUAUCUUGCAGGAUUCACAGAAAGUCUUGGUUGUGCCCAAGGAGUCAGCCACAAAGGCACAGAUAGCAACUAUGAACUAUUUUUCAAAUUUCAAAGACAGUGCAGAAGAUGAUGAAGACUAUGUAGAAAUAAAGUCUGAUGGUGAGGAAGCUGAUGAGGACUUAAGGGAAAAGCCUACAGCACACUGGUGUUUAGAAAGCAAAGCUGUUAACAGAGCCUCUAAUGAGGACAUUUUGAGCAGCCAGACUCUGUCACAUUGCCAGAAUUCUCCCUGCACUUCUGUGAGGUCAUUAAGCAGCAGGGCUACUGCUGGGCAUUCUCUACCUGUCAGAAAUGAUACUGGUAAACUGAAUGACUAUUUGUGGCAAGUCCCUUCUCCUAGCCAGCAGAAUAUAGUGCAGUCUCUGAGGGAAAAGUUCCAGUGUCUUAGCUCUAGUAGCUUUGUUUAAGACUUCUCCAUUUAUAAAUGUAAACUGUAAAUGGCUUGAUAGCCAAGGACUUACAAAAAUAUAGACUGGCAGCAUAAGCCAAUGUGUUAUUGCUUAUUAAAAUUUGUGGGGUAGGAAUUUCUUAAAUGUAAAUUUGUAAUUAUACGUGUUUAUGUUAGUGAAACUUGCAAAUGCAUUAAGGGCAAAGUAUGUAUUGUUAACCAAAUACUGAAGACAUGGGUGUAUCUGAAGUACAUUUCAGCAUGGUUUACAUCGCACUGUUUUGUUUUUUCUGUCAUAAAAUGUCUGUUUCCUUUGUGUUAUACAUUUCUUCAGUGUUCUAUUAGCUUUGUGAUCUGCUGUAAACUGUAAACUGUUACACAUACCCUGCUUGUGAAGAAAUGGCAGUUGGAAAUUUUUGAACUGGAAUAGUUAUUUUUGUAUGUGUGUGUGUGUGUGUGUGUGUGUGUGUGUGUGUGUGUGUGUGUGUGUGUGUGUGUGUGUGUGUGUGUGUGUGUGUAUGUACACAUGCAUACAUACAAAAACAACCAGGGAAGUCAGGAAACCUGAUCAUGAACAUAAGGUGGUAACACCGAAGGUGCAUAAAAUGUAUGCACAUUUAGUCACAUUGAUAGGAAAUCAUUAGCCCAGUUGAGCAGCACAGGAACAGCACUUUAUACCUUUACUGGCUUGGAUGACCUAUACAGUUGAUAGUAAUGAAUCGUUUUUUAUAUUUAGCAUGACUGGCGUCUUCAUAUUAGAGAAUGAAAUGUGCUCUAUGAUCUUCCCAGGAUAGCUCUCUGUUAAUCUUGCUUGAAUUAAUGGAGCUUUUAGCGAUGCUGUUGCUUUACUUGCCAGACACUUACAUUUGCUUGUCACUUCUGGACUUGUUGGUACUAAAGAACUGCAGCUCUUAAUAAUUUUUUUAUUUUAGCCUUCUCUGUUUUCAGAUGGAAGAGAA